AUGGUACCAGAGCUCGGAUGGUUUGCGGCAAAUCGUGUUAAAUUGAUCAAUCCACCUCCCUACUCACCGGAUCUCAAUCCAAUUGAACAUUUGUGGUCAUUUGUGAAGUCGCGCCUCAAGGGAAAGAAAUUCGAUUCGAAGGCCGCCUUAUGGGUUCACAUUCAACGUCUUUGGGCCACCAUCCGCCCAAGUCUUUUGAAAAAUCUCGUGGAUUCCAUGCCGAAUCGACUCAAUGAAGUAAUGAAAGCAAAAGGAGGACCAACCAAUAUGCUUUAUUUAUUGACCCCCGAUUCAAUGGUUGUUCAUUCUACGAUGAUACUAAAUGGAAUGAUAUUGAAACGGACUUUGCCCAAAAAUUCAUCAUGCUCAACGAAUCUUCACGAGAACGUUACACGAGAAUUGGCCACAAAAGAUGUUAUUAAAACUGAUGAUUUCUCCAUCUUCUUCAAACUUAUUGCCAGUGUUUAUCUAAAUAAUCCUCGUCGUCAACGGAUUUUUGAAGACACGGCUAUUCAACUUCUCAAUAUUUCAUGUAACCAGGAUCAUGUGAGGCGAAACACA